AUUGGCUAACACUGUUCAGACAAUAUAAUUUGUUGAUUUACGUUGCUUUUAAAUGAGCAAGCUGAAUUAUUUGAAGGAGAAAGACAAGAGAGCUAGAAGGGACAGAAGCCACAGCAUCUGAAGGGCAGGAACCUACAGCCCAAGUAUCGUUCAUAGUUGAUGAAUUCCAAGAACUCUGUGGAAUAUGGACUGCUGUUAUUAGCUUUUCACUGAAAAGGAGCUGAAGCAUAAAAAGCAAGCGAGAGAGAAAAACCACCUGCCCAAAAUCACUGAGAGAGAAAACUUGUGUCCAGCUUCGUAUCAGACAUGGAACCAAACAAUAGCAGCAGCAGGAACUGCAUGAUUCAAGAAAGCUUCAAGAAAGAAUUUUACCCAGUCACAUACCUGGUAAUAUUUGUCUGGGGAGCCCUGGGAAACGGCCUGUCAAUUUACGUUUUCCUGCAGACUUACAAGAAGUCCACAUCUGCGAAUGUUUUUAUGCUCAACCUGGCCAUGUCAGAUCUCCUGUUCAUAAGCACUCUGCCCUUCCGGGCUCACUACUAUUUGAACAACUCUAACUGGAUAUUUGGGGAUGUGCCAUGCAGAAUUAUGUCUUAUUCCUUGUAUGUCAACAUGUACACGAGCAUUUAUUUCCUCACUGUGCUGAGUGUGGUGCGUUUUCUGGCUACUGUUCACCCCUUCCGGCUGCUCCACGUCACCAGCUUCAGAAGUGCCUGGAUUCUCUGUGGGAUCAUAUGGAUCUUUACCAUGGCUUCCGCCGCGGUGCUUCUAAUGCAUGGGUCUGAACCGAAGAACAGCAUCACGACGUGCUUGGAGUUAGACAUCCGCAAGGUGGGUAAGCUGAAGGUCAUGAACCACAUCGCCUUGGUGGUAGGCUUCCUGCUGCCCUUCUUCACGCUCAGCAUCUGUUACCUGCUGGUCAUUCGCGUCCUGUUAAAGGUGGAGAUCCCAGAAUCAACUCUGCGAGCUUCUCACAGGAAAGCACUGAUCACCAUCAUCAUCGCCUUGAUCACCUUCCUCCUGUGCUUCCUGCCUUAUCAUACCCUGAGGACCCUCCACCUGAUCACGUGGAACAAGGAUUCGUGUGGAAAUGGGCUGCACAAAGCUGUGGUUAUCACACUGGCCUUGGCAGCAGCCAAUAGUUGUGUUAAUCCUUUUCUCUAUUACUUUGCUGGGGAGAAUUUCAAGGAUAAAUUGAAGGCUGUAUUCAUAAAAGAUCAUCCGCAGAAGGCAAAGUGUAGUUUUCCUAUUUGUCUGUGACUGAAAACAGAAACAAGGCUGUAAGGCGUUAGAAGAUGAAUUGUGCCUGUAUUCUGUGUCCUUCAUUCCCCCCAUCUCCAAAUUCCUUUCUGUUUGCAUCAUUCCUAACAGAAGGGGAUCCCCAACAUUUAAUAGGGCCUGCUU